AAACCCACAUAGAAGCCUUGAAUCCAAAGCUCUUAACUAGACAGAGAGUGCCUCUUUCCUUCUUCUUCUCUUCUAACCCUACUGCUGCUUAAAAAAUGGAUGCCAGAGCUUUCCUAAUGAACUUCUUCUCCUUCUUCUUCUUCUUCUUGCUCUCUCUGUUUGCUCUGAGUUUCGAGGUCUCGAAAGCUCAAAUGGUGCCGGCUGUGUUUGUUUUCGGAGACUCCCAGGUUGAUGUUGGCAACAACAACUAUCUUCCUGUGUCUGUUGCCAAGGCAAAUUUCCCUCACAACGGGAUCGAUUUUCCUACCAAGAAACCUACUGGGAGGUUCUGCAAUGGCAAGAACGCAGCAGAUUUGAUUGCUGAAAAACUAGGGUUACCAAGUUCACCACCAUAUCUUUCCUUGUCGAACAAGAAGGAUGCUUCAUAUAUCAACGGCGUUAGCUUCGCCUCCGGCGGCGCCGGAAUCUUCAACAGCACAGAUCAAGUUUUUGGUCAAGCCAUACCUUUACCAAAACAAGUGGAGAACUACCUAGCAGUGCAUAAAAUUUUAAUGCAACAGCUAGGAGCAGGUGCAGAAAAGCACUUCGCUGAAUCUCUUUUCGCCAUUGUCAUCGGUAGCAAUGACCUCUUCGAUUACUUUGGUUCUUCCGAUCUCAAAAAGAAGUACACCCAACAACAAUUUGUAGACUUGAUGACUAGCAACCUAAAAGCACAACUCAAGAGACUGUACGCGUUCGGUGCACGUAAAUUUUUCAUUAGUGGUGUCGGGUUGAUCGGGUGUAUUCCUGCAGAAAGAGUUAAAAACAAGACCCAAGAAUGCAACGAAGAACGAAAUUUCUGGUCCGAUAAGUACAACCAGGGGCUGAAGGCAAUGUUGAACGGGUUGCAAUCGGAACUUCAAGGCAUAAACUACUCCUACUUUGAUACUUACGGUAUCAUGCAAAACGUCAUCCAAAAACCAUCUGCUUACGGGUUCAAUGAGAUUAAAGCCGCCUGUUGUGGCCUUGGAGAUCUGAAAGCUAAGGUCCCUUGUGUUCCCAUUUCGACAUAUUGCCCCAACAGGAAAGAUCAUGUUUUCUGGGAUCUGUACCAUCCAACAGAGGCUACGGCUAGAAUUUUUGUGGAUGCUCUUUUUGAUGGUACAACGCAAUACAGUGUCCCCAUGAAUGUUAGGCAGCUAGUUUCUACUUAAGCUUAUAGCAAAUAAAUCAAAUGGAGUAGGCUUACAGUCAGAGAAUCAAACAAUUGGGAGGAAUAAAGAUUCAGCCAUAGCAGCUAGUACGGGUGACAAUGAUUUACCGUGGAUAUUUCAAGUAUCCAUUCAUGACAAAUAAUAGAAAAGAGAUCUAUGUAUACCAUUGUAAUGCAUAGUUUCAUUUAUUUAGCAAAUCAUCCAUGAUCAAUAAAUCUUAAUUGCUGGUUAAUUUUCCAGUUUCA